UUAGACAUUUUCUCUUCCAAGUUCCAGUGGACCAAUUCAACGUAAAAUUGUAGACUGGUUACACUUUGCUGCUGCAGAGAAAUGAGGAAUCAUCUCAGCAAACCCUGUCUAACCCACGUAUUGAACCGGCUUCUCUCAUCUCCGAUCUCGGUCCCCCACCGGUCCGGACGAUCCCUUCGAACCUUAGCCUACGAAGAGUUGAAAUCCCCUCCAGAAAAAUGUCAUAAUUUCACAGCAUUUAUACUCCACGGCCUCCUCGGCUCCGGUCGAAACUGGCGUUUCUUUUCCCGUUCCCUCGCUUCCGCACUCUUGCCCGCCCAGUGGAGGAUGGUGAUGGUGGAUUUAAGGAAUCACGGAAAGUCGGCUGAAAUUGAAGAAUUAUUGCCCCCACACGACCUGGAAAAUGCGGCCAAGGAUCUGGCAAAUUUGGUUAAAACUGAAGGGUGGGAUUGGCCUGACGUUGUUAUUGGGCAUUCCAUGGGGGGCAAGGUUGCUUUGCAGUUUGCUCAAAGUUGUGCUAAUGGGGAUUAUGGGGAUUCUGUUCACUUGCCCAAACAGCUAUGGGUAUUGGACUCUGUCCCUGGAACAGUGAACCGCAAGAAUGGUGACGGUGAAGUGGAGAAAGUUCUGGAGACCUUGCAGAGUCUACCUUCAACAAUUCCCUCUCGGAAAUGGCUGGUGGAUCACAUGCUGAAGCUUGGGUUUUCCAAGUCAUUAUCAGAGUGGAUUGGAAGCAACCUUAAACAAUCAGGAGAAGAGCAGACUUGGGCUUUUAAUCUUGAGGGCGCUGUUCAGAUGUUCGAUUCUUACAGGGUAACGGAUUACUGGCCUCUGCUGGAACAUCCACCCAAAGGCAUGGAGAUAGCCAUCGUACGUGCUGAGAACAGCGACAGAUGGGACUUAGAUGUCAUUAAGCAACUUGAAAGCCUUGCUACUACUAAAAGAGUGGAUGAAACUGAAGGGAAAGUUUCGGUUCAUGUUCUGCCCAAUGCAGGCCACUGGGUUCAUGUGGAUAAUCCUAAGGGACUUCUUGAGAUUGUGGCACCCAAAAUUGCCUCUUUGUCUUAGUCAUUAUGGUCAUGGCUUCUAGAUUUCUACAGCUCAAAGCAAACAUUGGUUUAGUGCAAAUACCAUUCAUUCCAGUACAUUAUAUUAAGCUAUUAGCUGGGUUUGGUGAAUAGUGAUGUUUUUACCAGGGGUUUAAACUUGAGCCAUGCUUAAUUUGAUUAUUUUUUAACUGUCUGCUAGCUGCUUCCUCUAAUCCUCUCUAGUAGUCAUCUUGUUCUUUAUAAAUACCAUUGGUUGAAAAUGA